AUGCAAGCAAUGGGGUUAUCAGUAGCAGUUUCAGUUCCAUUUUACCAUUCCAGAUUAUGCAUCAAUGCCUCUCCUCAUCCACCCAUUCCCCUCAAUUUGAAUCAUGGCUUUUCCAAAUCACUUACAUUCAGGGACAGACUAACUCGUGGGAAGAGUAGCUAUGUCAUUCGUUCCCAAAAGAAUCGUGACGAUGAUGGUGAUGUCGAUGGAUUUUACAUGAGGAAAAGCGUUGAGCUCGCCAGAAAGGCUUUGGGGUGUACAAGCCCCAAUCCUUUAGUUGGAUGUGUUAUUGUCAAAGAUGGUCAAAUUGUUGGCCAAGGUUUUCAUCCUAAACCUGGUCAACCUCAUGCUGAGGUGUUUGCUCUGAGAGAUGCUGCUGAUUUGGACGAGAAUGCAACGGCGUAUGUCACUUUAGAACCUUGUAAUCAUUUUGGGAGGACUCCGCCUUGCACUGAAGUUCUCAUUAAAGCUAGACUUAAAAAGGUUGUUGUUGGGAUGGUGGAUCCAAAUCCUAUCGUGGCUUCCAAAGGGUUAGAUAGAUUGAGAGGUGCUGGAAUUGAAGUUGUUGUUGGUGUUGAGGAAGAAUUGUGUAAGGGCCUCAAUGAGGGUUAUAUUCAUCACAUGUUGACCCAGAAGCCUCUGCUUACUUUGAGGUAUUCUCUUUCUGUCAACGGAAACUUGUUGGACUCACUUGGGAAUGGAGUAACUCACUCUGGUGGAUACUAUUCUAGGCUAUUACAAGAAUAUGAUGCAGUUAUAUUAUCCUCUUCUUUAUUCCGUGAAACUUUAUCGGUCGACUCCAAUUUGGACCCAGAUAUUACCGAAGCACUUCUUAAAGAAAAGUUCUCAUCUUUUGGAAAAAUUCUUAGCUUGGCUAUUGUAAAGGAUGAGAAGGGGUUGUCAAAAGGUUUUGGAUUUAUGAACUAUGAAAACCCGGAUGAUGCAAGACGAGCAACAGAAGCAAUGAAUGGAUCACAAUUUGAGUAUGUUGGUGUCAAUGUUCAAUUGGCUCCAGAUUUUCAGAUGGGUGUCUCUAAUAAAACCCCCCAGUUUCUCAAGUUGAACCCUAUUGGAAAGGUUCCGGUCUUGGAAACCCCUGACGGUGCCGUCUUUGAGAGCAAUGCAAUUGCCCGUUAUGUUGCCCGAUUGGGUGAUAACAAUUUGUUUGGAUCUUCUCCCAUUGAUCUGGCUCAUGUUGACCAGUGGAUUGAUUUUGCUUCUUUGGAGAUUGAUUCCAAUCUUUCCAAGUUGUGCAUUCCAAGACUUGGAAAGGCCCCCUACAUUCCUCUUGUAAGUUGUGGAGGAUUUAUGAACUAUGAAAACCCGGAUGAUGCAAGACGAGCAACAGAAGCAAUGAAUGGAUCACAAUUUGGUUCAAAGAACCUGUAUGUUGCAAGAGCACAAAAAAAGGUUGAACGUGAGAAGAUCUUGCAUCAGUGGUUUGCAGAAAGAUGCAUGGAGAAAAACUUGAAAUACAAGGGAUCAAACAUUUAUGUGAAGAACAUUGAUGAUAGUGUUAGUGACGAAGAACUAAAGAGUCAGUUUGUGCAAAUCAACAAAGAGAAUCGCAAGCAGCUUCCUUAUCAAAUUACAGGCAUGGUUAAACCAUCCAAGCUUUUAACAUGCUUCCAGUGGGGUGCCUUGAUGGUGGCAGGUCUGUGCAGAGGAAAGAUGUUAGGCAAAGCCUAUUGCAGCUCCAGCAUUCACACUGGUGUUGUUUAUCAUCACCCUAAGGGUUCUACAACAUUUUAUCAUCAUUCAUCGGGUUCUAUUGAUACUAGAGUUGCAUUAUUGUUGACUGGAGUGAGAAACAUUGACAUACUCAGGAAAACUAACAACCUUACUGUGAAUUCAAGGUGCAGAUUUUUAUUUUGCAAAGAUAGUAGAAGAAAAUAUAUUGGCCGAGUGAGGUGCGCAACUGCAGUUCCUGGAACUAGAGAGAGGAUGGAGAUGGAGAGGAAAGAGAGGGUAAGAAAAGCUGAGGCGUUGGUUGAGAAAGCAAUGAAAGGGAAUGAUGCUUCUCACGAUGCAGUGCAUGUUUGGAGGGUUCGUGACCUUGCUCUCUCCCUUGCCUCUGAGGAAGGCCUCUCUUCUGAUCCACACUCCAUGGAAAUCUUACAGCUGGCACCUGUUUUCUUUACUUUCUCGCUUGGAACGAAAAUGCACUAUUUUGGGCGCACUCUCCUGCAUGGAGGGGCAAAGUACAGAGCAACUGGGCAUGGAUUUGUCGUUCGUCAUGAAAAGUUUGCAGACAAUUACAGGAUGUACUCUAGGAGUCACUUUGUCAAAGGGAUUGAGCUCACAAUAUUGCUCAUUUGUUAUAUGAUUUAUGGAUCAGCAACAACUGACUCAGCAGCAUACGCAUUUCUGUCAUGGUCAAUGUGGUUUUUGGUUAGCUCUUGGUUGUUUGCUCCUUUCCUUUUCAAUCCAUCAGGAUUUUAA